AUGGAUGAAAUUGGAAACAAAAUCAGUGAGCUGUUUAAUGGCCAAGCCCAAUUGUACAAGGUCAUGUAUCUUUGGAUACCUUCUUUAUCUCUCAAGUGUGCCAUUGAGCUUCAAAUACCAGACAUAAUCCACAAGCAUGGAAAACCCAUCACUCUUUCUCAGUUGGUGUCAGCUCUCAGUAUUCCAUCCUCUAAAGAUCUUGUGAAAGGGCUCAUGCGCUUGCUGGCUCUCAAUGGCAUCUUCACUAUCAUCAAAAGCAACAACAAUGAAGAAGAAGAAAGUGAUGAAGCAUAUGAUCUCACUUCUGCAUCACAACUUCUUGUCAGAAACUUGGAAUCUGUUUUUGAUGGAUUGGGUUCUGUUGUUGAUGUUGGUGGUGGAGAUGGAACCACUGCUAAGAUUAUUUGUGAAGCAUUCCCAAAGUUGAAUUACACAGUGCUUGAUCUUCCGGAGGUUGUUUCAAACUUAUCUGGCAACACCAAUUUGAGUUUUGUUGGUGGGGACAUGCUCAAAUCCAUCCCUCAUGCUGAUGCAGUGCUGAUUAAGUGGGUCUUACUUGACUGGGGUGAUGAGGAUUGCAUGAAGAUACUUAAAAAUGCUAAGGAAGCUAUCUCAAGCAAAGGAAACGAAGGAAAAGUUUUCAUCAUAGAUAUGGUGCUGAAUGAAAAUCAUGACCAGCAUGAAUGGCUAGAAACAAAGCUCUUAAUCAACAUAAUUUUGACAGCUGAUCUUAAUUCAAAAGCAAGAUCUGAAGAAGAAUGGAAGCAACUUUUCCUGAAGGCAGGCUUCAAUGAUUACAUGAUAUUUCCUAUAUUUGGCCUUAGGUCUCUUAUUGUGCUUCAUCCUUAG